AUGGAUAAAAUCCUGUGUGAACAGUUUGAUACAUUGAGAAACUAUUUACCCGAUGAUUCAAGCAAUUCUACAACUAGUGAUAUUAAUAAAAAUAAGGAUAUUAAGUAUUACUGCCCUAAUGGAGAAUCGGGGGAUACAGAGUGUAAGACUGAUCUUGAUAAUAUAAAUGCUGGUUGUUUAUGGUUGCUUGAGCAAUUGUUUGUGAAAAAUAAAAAAAGUAAUAUCAAUACUGUUCAAUACAUUAUCAUAUGGUUAAGUUAUAAACUAAAUCAAAAGAAGUAUGACGGAAUCAAGGAUCUAAAUGAGUUUUAUACUAAAUAUAUAGACAAUAAUAUGCAUUAUACUGAUUGUAAACAAGGUGGUGUAAAUUGUAGUAAUUUAUUAAGUAAUAAUACAGGAUAUUCAAAUUAUAAGGAAAUCAUAAAUGGAAGAAAGGGAUUGUUGAGUACUAAUAUUGAAAAUAUGUCUAAAAUUUAUGAUGCAUUUAAACCAUUAUGUAACAUGUAUACUGAACUUGAUGGAAGCAAGACAAUAUCUGAGAAAUCUUUAGAAAAUGCUAACAAAUUUGUUGAAAAAUAUAAUGAACUUAAUGUUUCUGAUAUUGAUAAAGAUAGUCCUUAUCAUCAAGUAUUGUCUACAUUAUUAAGUGAUUAUAAUAAUUUAAAAGAUUACUGUGAUAGUAAUAGCAUUGAUUGUAGCAGUAUUUCAUUUCUUACAUCGACAGAAACAGAAGGAAAUGGUAUGAAAAGUUCUGAAGAUAUUUGUGAUGCUACAUCAAGCUUCUCGAUAGUAAAAAAAUUAAUUCUAGCUUUAUUAAUAUUCAGUACAAUAUCAAUCUUUUUGGGAAUUUUUUUUAAGUGUUCGUUAUUUGUAUUACGGAAAAGAGCUCAAAAACAAUAUUUAAGAGAAAAGCUAAAAAAAUAA